AUGUUUGGAAUAGACGACCCAGAUCUGCUCUCCGUACAGAACUGCCCUCAGGACGACGACCUUGUAAAUCUUCAGUUUGGUAUUCAGUUGGAAACCGUGAAGAUUCCACACGGAGUUCUGCAGCCGGACAAGGGCUUGGCAGGCUUUGGGGAGCCGGCGGGCACUUCGUCGUCGGUCCUGAUGAUGUUAAAAAGUGUGCUUCCUAAGUGAGAAAAAUUGUCCACAGUGUUGAGUUGGCGGCCAUCGACAGUGAUGUGAAGAAGAGUGCAGUGUUGUGUGUUGGAUGACGGUAGGUGCAUGACCGCUGUUUUGUCCGUGUUGAUAUUCAGGUCGAAGUCAGCACAUCUGGCAGCGAGGAGGUCCAUGUUCCGUCGCAUGUCGACUCUGGGUGUUGUGUUGAGCGUACAGUCAUCGGCGAAGAGCAAAUCGUGGACGACGCUCGCAGAUAGCCGCGCGAGAGCCUGCAUGCGCCCGUUGCUGAGAGAAUGCCCGCGAUGCGCAUCCCGGGGCGCUCAUCGCAGUAGGCGUCCAUCAGCAUACUUCAGCCAUGACUCAAGAGGUCCCAGUCUAUCAAAAAGCGCAAUGACAUCCCAAUGUCAUAUUCCGUGCAGAGGCUUGGUCUGGCCAAAGUAAUUGACCACUCGGGGAGCGCGCAGGCCGAUGAGCCAAGUCGUGGAACCAUCCUCACCGCCAACAUCCAGCACGGAUGAUGAAAUUUCAGUAAUUAACAAGUUCCACCAAGCAAUUCGUGCGCCAGCAAGUAACAAUCCUCGAUAAAGGGGAGAACGGUUGAUUAUCAUAGAUAUGCAGUAGCGUAGCGACUGCACAUUAUAAAACCUGCAGGUUGCGUCGACUACAGUGACCAGCUCCACCACAGCGACAUCACGCCUCUUCCCCACCGAUAGGACGACGUUCGACGCCCCAUCACCUUCAACCAUCACCACCAACGCCCCCAUCUCCAGCGAUAUGGACUCGACUAAUACUUGUCUUCAUUGCGAUAACGCAUUUACCAUGCACAUCGGCCUAGUCAGUCACAAACGAAUCCAUCUCACAGAGACUGCCGAACCACUGCCCGGAGCACCGGCCUACACUCGCCACAUUCGCCUCCACUGCGCACACUGCACCCAAACUUUCAUUCAUCGUAUGGGCCUACUAGAUCACAAUCAUACCUACAGGAGCGGAAUUCACUGCAGCCCUGACACAUCUAGCACACCGUGGACAACUAUCAUGCCCAGCCCAAUCCACAAACCAGCUCUCAGCGCGGCGAACCCCAGCGGUUCCAUCACCACCGGAGCCGCCUCUGACACUCCCAACGUAUUUUGCCUACACUAUCCCGCAACUCACCCUACACAUCGGCCUGGUUGGUCACCUGUGAAUCUUUCGCAAGGGGCCUAG